GGGGCACAACCAUGGGAGGCGAGACCCCCGCACCGGUGCAGCUGAGCUCGAGGGCUUGCAGAAGACUGGGUAGUCUCCUCUGAAACGGAGGCACCCCGAGAACCCCCUCCCUCCCCAAGGAAGAGAACUGGCGAAGCCAGGGAUUUUCAUGGCGCAGGCCGCAGAGCCGCGAACGAAGACCGCAGGUUGCUUCCAGGUUCUCCCAGUCUCUAACUGUCUAGGUCCGGACCAUGAGAGAUGGUGUUGAGAAUUCGACUAUUCUCUGGCGCGCUGUGGAAGCCAUCUCCAAAUUAGCGAUCACAUAUGGAAACUGGAGACCAGAAUUUUAGGAAAAGAGAUUAAGGCAUCUCACUUGGGGGGGGUGGGGGGUGUCUUUUUAUUUAUUUUCCCCUUUUUUUAAAAAAAAAAGAAAUCGCUGCAACUGGAACAGUUUUUUGAUCUCAAAAGGCAAGCCUCUCUUCCCGUGUGAUCUUUAUAAUUUACACACUUUUCCGUGAGCUUUCUUAUCUCCCUUUUUUUAUAUCUCUCCAUCUCCUCAAUUCACACAUAGAUCCAUUAUAUUAGUAGUGGAGUUAUCAUUCGCACCCUCACACACACGCUCCUGAGAACCAGAAGUCGGUUGGGUGUUUAUAUAAUGAAGAAUUAUGGGGCUCUUUGAUCGAGGUGUUCAAAUGCUUUUAACCACCGUUGGUGCUUUCGCUGCCUUCAGCUUGAUGACCAUCGCUGUGGGAACCGACUAUUGGCUGUACUCCAGAGGGGUUUGCAAGACCAAAAGUGUCAGUGAGAACGAAACCAGCAAAAAGAACGAGGAAGUUAUGACCCAUUCCGGAUUAUGGAGAACCUGCUGCCUCGAAGGGAACUUCAAAGGUCUGUGCAAGCAAAUCGACCACUUUCCAGAGGACGCAGACUACGAAGCGGACACCGCAGAGUACUUCCUCCGGGCCGUGAGGGCCUCGAGUAUCUUCCCGAUCCUGAGUGUGAUCCUGCUCUUCAUGGGUGGCCUCUGCAUCGCAGCAAGCGAGUUUUACAAGACGCGCCACAACAUCAUCCUGAGCGCUGGCAUCUUCUUCGUGUCUGCAGGUCUGAGUAACAUCAUCGGGAUCAUCGUGUAUAUAUCAGCCAAUGCUGGAGACCCCUCCAAGAGUGACUCCAAAAAGAACAGCUACUCCUACGGCUGGUCCUUCUACUUCGGGGCCCUGUCCUUCAUCAUCGCCGAGAUGGUCGGGGUGCUGGCCGUGCACAUGUUUAUCGACCGCCACAAACAGCUGCGGGCCACGGCCCGUGCCACCGACUACCUCCAGGCCUCCGCCAUCACCCGCAUCCCUAGCUACCGCUACCGCUACCAGCGCCGCAGCCGCUCCAGCUCCCGCUCCACCGAGCCCUCUCACUCCAGGGACGCCUCGCCCGUGGGCGUGAAGGGCUUCAACACCCUGCCGUCCACGGAGAUCUCCAUGUACACCCUCAGUAGGGACCCCCUGAAGGCUGCCACCACACCCACCGCCACCUACAACUCGGACAGGGAUAACAGCUUUCUCCAGGUCCACAACUGUAUCCAGAAGGACAGCAAGGACUCUCUCCACGCCAACACAGCCAACCGCCGGACCACGCCCGUAUGAAGACCGUGGAACCGGGGGGACCUGGGAGGCUUGGCCCGCGGGCGGGGGAGGGACCGCAGCAGCCACGGGGGAGACCUUCCACACGCAAAAACAAACAAAAACAAGCAAACAAACAAACAAAACAAAAAAACAAAAAAAAGAGAAAAACAUAGCAAGCAAAUUAUUUAAAAAAAAAAAAGAACAAAAUACAAGAGGAACAAAAUCAAAACCACAGGCUAUGCGGGGGAGGGAAAUAUAACCGAGGGAAGACAAACUUUAAACAAAGCAAGAGGGAUAAAAUUAAAAUAGAAAAUAAAUCUAAAAGAAAAUGCAUGAUUUCCCAUGUACCAUUAUUUUAACAUUUAAUAAAAACCAAUUUAAAUGAAAAAAAAUAAAAGGGAAUCAAGAUAAAGUAAAGCAAAAAAAAAAAGACAAAAAAACAAAAAAAAAUGAAGAAAGCAAGAGAGUAUUUAUUAGGGUUUUAUGUUGCCUUUGUUUUUGUUCUUGUUUUGUUUUAAACUGCAGGGAGAGUUUAAAAAUAUAAACACAUUCUUUUCCCUUUAACCCCAGAGGGUCCUGCCUCCCGGGGAGAGUAAGGGUAGAGACUCAGGGCCCCCAGGGCCAGGGGAGCAAUGGUCACUGCCAAGCCCCUGGAUCCCUGGCUGGGCCCUGGGAUGCUGGGCAAGUUCAAUGGCUCUGCAGCCAGCUCUACCCAGCACCAAGGGGGCAGUUGCAGGCCUCCGGGUGACCCAAGCCCUUGGUCCGCCCCUGUCCGUUAGGUGCCUGGAGGUGGUGCACUUGGGGCCACCCAGCCCCAGGUUCCCAGUCCUUAAUGGUCCUUAACCCACUGUGAUGACUUCCUAGGCCUUGGGGAAAGAGGAGGAGAAGGGAUGUCUGUGGGAGGCUCCCGGAGAAGCCGGAUCCCUGGAAUCCUCAGGGGGGAGCUUUUGGGGGUCAGUAACUUGAGCUCCUGUCCUCCGAGGCAGGAGACGCCCACCCCCAAAGGAUAUAGAGCAGCCAUCCCUUCUCGCCCCUCACCCCAGGGCCACUCGAUGACCCUGGGGCGAUGGUGGACCCCCACACUCACAGGCCCCCAGCCCCCUGGGAAGGGGGCUCUUUGACCCUUUGGGGGGUCUGUGGACUCACUGAUGCCCCUCUGGGGGCUCAGUGAGUCCAACAAUGACAUUGCAAAAAGGUUUCUUUUUACAAAAGAAAAAGGAAAAAACAAGUGGUGAUUUUUUUUUUAAUAAAAAAACCACAGACUAUAAAUAAAUGUAAAUAUAUAAUAAGUGAAUUUACUUGCAAGAAAAUCAAGUAGUAUUUUUUUCUUUUAAUUCUUUUUCCAGCUUUAAACUGUGAAAACAAAAAUCGGGGUAGGGUGGGGGACUUAAAAUUUAGCAGGGAACUUGUAAAGUCAAAACAGAAAACAAAUAUAGAAAUCCAUUAAAACAAACAAAUAAAACCCAUUGGGAGAGAUGUGAGCUGGGCACAGAGCCAGAGAGAAAGGAGAAAGGGCCUACCAUCUUCCUGGGGACUGCAGAAGAGGUCUCUUCUUGCCUGCAGGGAGGUGUGGCUGAUGGAGAGAGGAGACACCACUACCACUCCCCUGCUUCCACCCACAGUCACUGUCCCCUGGCUCAGUGCUGCCCCAACUACUCAUGUUCACACUCAAUGAAAACCCUUCCCAUCCAACACACAGUCAGGGGUGUGGCUCGAGGCAGCUGACCUAUGCCCUCCAAAGCCAUGGAAACCAGCCCAACAACUCCAUCACUAGCCUCUGUGCUCCUGUGCGCCCCACACUGUACCUUGCAUACACACUCCAACACAUGAACAUGCCACAUUCUCGUACAUAGAAGGGCUUCCAUCUGUAUUCCAGACUUCAUUGCUGUGUGGCCUCUCGGGGCCUUGGUGUCUCACUGUCAGCUCAUGCACAGACUGGCUUGAACUCCAAAGGCCCAUUCUUAGUUUGCAUGUGACUUCUAAGAUCUGCCACUAGCCCAAUCCAGUGGAAAAUGACCAGGAGCAACCAAAGCACUUCUGAUGACAUUGAGAGCAUUCCUAAAUCUCUCUCAAUCUCUCUCUCUCUCUCUCUCUCUCUCUCUCUCUCUCUCUCUCUCUCUCUCUCUCUCUCUCACACACACACACACACACACCAUGUGCCUCCUCACUGUGUUCCCCAGCCCCCACCCCCACAUCCAGUGUCAAAGCAAAAAUUCACAUAUGUGAGCAACCUAUCCUGCCAUGAAGACAGAGGGAGACACACUGUCCCCAAAGUUCCUCAUUCACCUUCCUUUUUUGAAUGUUAUAACCCCAGUCGUAGUGAGUGGGGGAGGCUUCUUUGAAAGAUGGGUCCCCUGCUGUCUUUGGGGGUCAGUGAAAAAGCGGGUCUCCUGGGGUGAAAGAUCUCCCUGUAUGGAAAUUGUUUGCAGAACAUUCUCCCAGGCAAAUGUCAGCCCAGUUAGGCUUGCACUCCAGAGUGAAUUGAGGGAGCACUCAAGUUUCCCCUUCUCCUUCCCCAAGUGGCAAGGGCCAGAUCAGACAAUGAGAACCAGGCUAACCAUUUCCUAGCAGCCCCAGUGAGAGGCUACCCCCCACCCCGAGUGAGAGUCCUGCUCCUCCAGGAUCAACCAGCUUCCUGCUUGUCUUUGCUAUGCUGACACGAGCCUGCUCUGAGUGUUCUCUGAUAGAACUCUCUGGAAUUGGAGGGCAUGCUGAGGAAGGCUUCUAUAGCUUCCUGUCUUGUGUCUGGAAGAGGAACAUUCUCCUCUCAGGUCCACACAAGGCAGACCACCUGCUAGUCCAGCCCAGAAGUUCAGGGGAGGCCUCGGGCCCAUGGCUCAGAUCUGUGGGCCUGUUAACAUGCAGGGAGGUCAGAGCACCUUCCAAACUGGGCAAAAACAGCACCUUAUCCCUCCUCACUCAGCCCUGCCCAAGCCCCAGCAAAUUCCAAACCACCCCAGAUCAAGGCCUAGAGACACAGGAGAAGGCCACACAAGUAAGCACCUCUCUGUGGAGGAACUGUGGCCCCAGCUUCCUGAGCUCUGGCCAAGUAUUUGAGCAGCAACUGGACUUCUUCCCAGGCAGUGAGACCUGGGGUCAGGCCACCCAAAGACUUGUGGGUGAGAGGUGACAUCAGCUUGGCUGACCAAGAAAGGGCUAGGGGGCCUGGAGGGAAGGGACAAUGCUUCCUGUGAUGACUGACAGCUCAUGCCCAGCUCUGCUCAAUUCAAGAAACCAAUUUCCAUUUUAUUUUCUUGGUGGGUCCUUUUAUUUUUUUUUUCCAGACUGUUAACAGAAAAAAAAAAUUUUAAAAAGAAGAAACCUAAAAACAAAACGAAAUGACAAAAAAACAAAAAAUCCUGGUACAUGAAAUAAAGAUUUUUUUUAUAGCUUG